UACCGAUAUUUGGUCAGUAGGAAAAUGUGUUAUUUGUAAUAUGCAGUUAACUGGUGAUCCAAAAAUGUUAAGUUGCUUGCAUUUCGUUUGUAAAGAUUGCAUAGGAAAGGAAAACUCUGUUUCAGGAGUGGAAUGCAAAUGUCUAACAGUCACAAAAGGCAAACUGAUUGACUAUCCUAUUGAAUCAUCAAAUAUAAGUAUCAACAAAGACCAUAACCCAAAUGCAAUUAUGACUUAUCCAAUGUUGGAAGAAUUUCCUGUGUGCCCUUGUUGUACAGAUACGUAUGCAGAUGUUUACUGUAUUGAAUGUUCAAUUUUGUUGUGUCAAUUUUGUCAUUUACAUUCCCAUCAUAAUCAUAACUACAAAGUUCUUGAAAAGUUUCGGAAAGAAAUUAAUUCAAAUAUGUUACUAGAGAAAUUCAAACUAGAAUCGAAUAACAAGAACCUAGACUUGUCUUUAAAAGAAACAGAAAACCAAAUUCGAAAUCUGGAAAUUAAAAAUAGAGCUAUCCAUGAAGAAAUUGAUAAAGAAACAGAAAUGUUACAUGAAGAAAUAAAUAGGCGCGCAUUAGAAAUAAAAUAUUUAGUUGACAAUUGCCUUUUAGAUACAAUUGGUGAAACUUAUAAGAAUAAGCAUACACUUAAGAAUUUGCAAAACAAAAAUAAAUAUUAUAUUGAAAUAGCAAAAUCUGUUUUGAGUCACAAUAAUCAAUCUGACAUUUUUAAUGUUUCGAGACUUGUUUUGACUCAGCUAGAAAAUGUUAACAAUAUUGCCAUAAAUAUAACUGAGGUGACGUCAAAGUUAGAAGUUGAUUUGCAAAAUAAUUUUUAUGAAACUAUGGACAAUUGCAUUUCGACUAUCAAAGAAAUUGGGAAUAUCAUUGCUUCACCAGUUUUCAGUUUAUCAAAAACUAACACCAUAAACACAUCGAGCAAUGUUGGCCAAACUACUGUAAAUCUGCAGACACAGUCCGUACAUCCAAAGUCAAAAUUUCCAUUUCAGUCAUUAGAGGAAGACGAAGUUAAUACUAGUGGUUAUUUCAAUAUGGACACUGAAAAUGUAGACAGUGAACCAUUUAAUUACGUAGAAUGUUCUUGCUGUCGUCAAUUAGCUGAACAAUUAGUUAAAUGCGUUAAUUGUAAAAGGAGCUAUCAUAAUCAUUGCCAUAUGCCUUUGAUUCCCGAGAAUGUUAUUCAUGAACGUACUCCAUUCUCAUUCUGGAGAUGUACAAUGUGUGAAUAUCCUAAAAUGUUUUCCAAGGUUCUGGAAGAUCUGAAAUCAACCACUUAUAGUGUAUCAAUUGGUGAACCCGGACGUAAAAUUAUUGAGCGUAUAUUAAUGGAACUGUUCUGUCAAAAUGGUGAUAGUGUUAAUUUUAGAGACUGCCCCAAUAAAAGAAUCUGUCCAUCGUAUUACGAAAAGAUUUCUAAUCCAAUAACAUUGAAUAUUAUUAAGAAUCAUUUAGAAACGAAUACAUACUAUACAACACUUGGUCACAUAAUCAAUGAUUUAAAACAAGUAUUUUUGAAUGCAUUGAUGUUUUAUCAUCCAAGUGAUGGAUAUUAUGAUUCAGCCUGUAGGCUUUUAACUUCUUUAAAUACAAUGAUCGACAGUUGGAUACCAGAACUAAAUACUAAAAGAAAAUGA